UUAAACGUUCAGCAAUGAAUAAAUAUGCUUGAGUAUCACAAAACUGUUAUAUUUAUAAUAUAUAUAUAUUUUUGGAGCUAUAUCAAAAACGCUUAUCAGAGAAAAAGACUUUGGUGUGGAUAUAAAUUGGAUGUCUUGUUUUGUACGUGGAUGAAACCGCAAGAAAAUGUUGCAAAUUACUUCAGUUGUGCCAAUUAGCACCUCGUAAAUAGUUAUGUCCUUUUCAUUAAUUAAACACUAAUAUAUUUAGUUAAUUAACUUGAAAUAUAUAUGGCUAAUCGAAUUAGCUUCAAUUAAAAUCUCAAAUGCGAAAACUCAAUUAUUCAUAUUUAGGUAUGGAUAAUGAAGAGAUAAACUAAAAUUCAAGCUAUAUAAUUUAUGAAAAUUAUGUUUUCCGAGUGAAUUAAGCGUUCGAGCUUGUUAUGUACAUAUUUUGAUUUCGAGACAUGAAAAUUAUGAAAAAAGAAACUAUAUCUAAAGCUGACAUUUAUAGUUAUAGUCAUUUAUAGUUAAGCACUGUCAUCACAAUAUUUUGAUGGUUCACGGGCCAGUCAGUGAUCGCACUUUGUACACGCAGAUAAUCGGAUUUCCGCGUUGCAAGAUGUCCUUGAACUCGGUGCCAAUCGAAGAGGAGCUUCGCAAAAAUUCUGCUCUGACAAAAGCAGACAUCGAUUUGCUGAAAAGCUGGUGCGACGAGCAAUUUUAUUCGCCCAACAUGUCGAGCAGCGAUUUAGCGAUUUUCCUGCACAGCAGCUAUUAUUACGUAGAACGGGCAAAGCUGAAUAUCAUGAACUAUUAUAUUACGCGUCAGUCAUUGCCACAGUUUUUCAAAAAUCGUGUCAUGCAUUUGGAGCAACUGACAAGACAAAUUUUUAACGCACCUGCUAUCAUUCCUCUGUCGAAAACAACGAGAGAAGGCUACAAAGUGAUUCUCAUUCGUCCAUUCUACGUCGCACAGAAAAACAUUUCAUCUACGAAUGCAAUUAAAUAUUUGAACAUGGUAUUGGACCUUAAUAUCUACGAGGAAGGAACGCACGAGGGAUACGUUUUUGUCGUCGACCUUCACGGAGCCAAUUUCUUCGACCCCCGUUCUUUCAAUGUGACGGCCGUGAAAGCAUACUUUGAUUAUCUCCAAAAGUACGUGCCGAUUCGUUGGUUCGGCCUGCACUUCGUCGACACAGUUUUUCCGUUGACAGCGCAGAACAAUCGAUUGACCAGGAUGACGAUCGUUCAGAACGAUUACGUGGAUGCUAUGUACUUCCACUUGGACUUGGACAGUCUGAACGAGGUUGUGCCACUGCAUGUUUUGCCGAAUGAAAUGGGUGGCCAAGCAGGUCCUCUGAAAGAUUUACACGAAGACCAACUGCGGAAGCUUCGAGAAAAUUGGCUUUGGUUCUUGACGAUGGAAUCGCAAGAAAAAUCAGCCUGCAUGAUUCGAGGUGUUCACGAGAUGAAGCUUUUUCUGAAGGAUCUGAAAACUGAUAUCCAUGGUUUGGGUAAUGUGCCUUUCGCAGUCUGAUUAUUUAUUGUAUAUUUUGAACAUUUAGGUGCGUUGUUAGUUUCAAACACUGUCUCAUUCUCAACGUUAUCGUCCUAUAUAAAAAUCAGUACCCAUUUUGAAUAUCGGCUGGGCAAAAGGGAAUAUGUCUGUUAAUUAUUUUCUUUGUGAAUUCUCCUAUAAUAUAUAAUAUUUAAGUCUUCUAUCCCAAGUUGGUUGCUGCAUUGCGAUGUAGCGUGCUAUCAAACAGCUCGGAGAGGGAAAAAAUGUAAAAUCAUUAAUAUAUGUGUUUGAAAAUUGAAUGGAAUAUUAACAACUUAUUUGAAAAAUAAAACAUUUCAAUAAUUUUAUCGUAUAUUGCACUCUGUAUUAUAAAAGUACGAAUUCAAGUUUUAUAUUUCGUUUGCGACUGAUAGAAUUACGAUUAUCUUAAUUUUAGCAAUACAUAAAUUUUCAUUAUUAUUUUCAUUGACAUUUUCACUCUAUUUUUAACUUUCACGCAGAAUAAUGAGAAUUUCAGAUGACAUAUAUCUAUUUUCAUUAAUCAAUGGUAUUUUAAAAUUUAACUGUAGAAAUUUAACGUAAAUAAACCCAU